UGUACAUUUCUCUCUCCCUCCAGCCUGCAGCUGAAAAAAAGGGCAAGUAUCAGGCAAAAAAAGGCCUGCAAAAUUCUCCUGGUGAAAAGAUGGGGUUAACUUCUUACCUAUGGAGUGCAGCACCGUUUGUGGCAAUGAUAACAGUGGAGUGUACAGAUGUGGGUAUCUCAGUGAUCAGCAAGGCAGCUUUAACAAAAGGAAUGAGCAACAUUGUUUCAGUUGUCUACUAUAACGCUCUGGGUACCUUGAUCCUUCUCCCAUACCUCAUCUUUUGCAGAAAUAAGCAACUUCCUUUGACUUUCUCACUGCUUUGGAGAUUCUUCCUCCUAGGCUUGAUAGGAAGCUCGGGACAGAUUGUAUAUCUUACUGGAGUCAAGUACAGCUCUCCUACUCUCUCAUCGGCUUUAGUAAAUCUUAUCCCCAUUUUCACUUUCCUGCUUGCAGUAAUCUUCAGGAUGGAAAAGCUAGAAUUAAGAAGAUCAAGCAGUCAAGCAAAAGCGUUGGGUGCUGUUGUAGCUGUGACAGGAGCAUUUGUAGUGACUCUCUAUAAAGGUCCUUCUGUCCUGAUGGCUUCAUCUCCUUCAAACUUUCCUCAGAAUUUACAUCUCUCAGAUCAAUCUAAGUGGAUUAUUGGAGGCUUUCUUAUUGUAUUGGUUUGCCUAUCAUCUGCAACGUGGAAUGUUGUUCAGGCAGCCACUGUUAAGGAGUAUCCAGAUAAGAUGACGACUGUCUUCUUCUAUACAUUCUUUAUAACCAUCCAAUCCUUGGUUUUCUCUCUAAUUUUGGAAAGAAAUCCAACUGCAUGGAAGUUGAAGUCUAAUGUUGAAGUGGCUGCCAUUGUGUGCACGGCUAUAUUUGGGAGUGUGUUCCGAAUUGCUAUUCAUACAUGGUGCUUACAGAAGAAGGGACCUGUGUAUGUUUCAAUGUUCAAGCCCUUGGGAAUUGUUGUUGCAGUAGUCCUGACAGUCAUAUUUCUUGGUGAUACUCUUUAUCUAGGGAGUGUGAUUGGAUCAGUUAUUAUUGCAAUCGGAUUCUACACCGUGAUGUGGGGAAGAGCGAAAGAGAAGAACAUGGUCUUGGAAAAUGAAGUUUCUCGCCUGGAAUCAUCCGGCCAAAAGGAUCCUCUUAUCCCGAGCAGUUAAACCAUGUAAAAAAGUUUGUAUAUCUUGUUAGAAGAAUACAACGAAAAAGAGCCCUAUAAGUGGCUAACACAAACAAUCUUAGUUUUUGCUCUUGUUCUCCAUUUCUCAUUUCUAUUUGAGAAAUAUGUUGGCGGAAACAUUAAAAAAACGGUGUCAUUUCAGCUCUGAA